AUGUCGGAUCGUUUUGAUAGCUUCCCCUUCAUCAGCUUGCUGAGUGGCUGGGGUGUCGUUAGUGGCCCGGGACUAUUUAUGCUACGCAGCCUGGUAUCCGGCAUCACAACCGCAACGGUCGUCGGCGUCUCAAGCGGCAUGGCCGGCAGCAUGAUUUGGGGAACAGCAGGCCUACCCUUCAUCAUCGGCUCAUCUCUCGGGUUCGCGUUUGGUAGCUACCGUUGGUACGAAGUAGCGACCAGAGAAGCCAUGGUUCAGCUGGAACUCUACCCUGCGCUGCUGCAAAUGCAUAUCACGUCCAACUUUCCCUGGGUGCCGGAUCUGCAUAGUAGAAAGAGGAACUGGUAUACGGCUGAGACGUUUCGGAGGUCGUGGGUGAUGAAGAGCAUGUUGGUUGUUGGUUGGCUUUCUGCUGAGUCGUCGCUUCGUGAGAUUCGUGAGCGGAGGGAGGCGAGAUUGGUGGAGGAGUAUGUCGCUGCUGAAGAGGAGUCAGACUGA